AUGACCAGUGAACAACAAAAACGUGUUUUAGUUACUGGUGGUACUGGUCUAGUUGGUUCAGCAAUAAAAUAUGUUAUUGAAAAUGAAUCAAAUAAAAAAAACCAAAAUGAAGAAUAUUUUUUUAUAUCAUCAAGUGAAUGUGAUCUUCGAAAUCGUGAACAAACUGAAGCACUAUUUAAAAAAUAUCAACCAACUCAUGUUAUUCAUUUAGCUGCACUUGUUGGUGGUCUCUUUCGAAAUUUAAGUCGUAAUCUUGAUUUUUUCCGAGAUAAUAUGCAAAUUAAUGAUAAUAUUUUAUAUGUUGCAUAUCAAACAGGUGUUAAGAAAGUUAUAUCUUGUCUAUCAACUUGUAUUUUUCCUGAUAAAACAACUUAUCCAAUUGAUGAAACAAUGAUUCAUAAUGGUGCACCACAUGAUUCCAAUUUUGGUUAUUCAUAUGCUAAACGAAUGAUUGAUGUUUUAAAUAAAGGCUAUGCAGUUCAACAUAAUGUUCAUUAUACAUCAAUUAUUCCAACAAAUGUUUUUGGGCCAAAUGAUAAUUUUAAUAUUGAAGAUGGUCAUGUUUUACCAGGUCUUAUUCAUAAAUGUUAUUUAGCAAAAAAAAAUAAUACACCAUUAAUUAUUUGGGGCUCAGGAAAACCAUUAAGACAAUUUAUUUAUUCAUAUGAUCUUGCAAGACUGUGUUUAUGGGUAUUACGAGAAUAUGAUAGUAUUGAACCAAUUAUAUUAUCAGUUGGAGAAGAGGAUGAAGUAUCAAUAAAAGAAGCCGCUGAAGCUGUAGUUAAAGGAAUGGAUUUUCAAGGUGAAGUUAAAUAUGAUACAACAAAAGCUGAUGGACAAUUUAAAAAAACUGCAAGUAAUAAAAAAUUACGUAGUUAUUUACCAGAUUUUAAAUUUACACCAUUUGAAGAAGCUAUCAAAUAUACUUGUGAUUGGUUUGUAAAAAACUACGAUAAAGCUCGAAAAUAA